UGGAACUCAGAGCUCUGCGAGCUUCGGUGACACAUCUGGUGGUAAGUGUCCCCCUUCAUUGCUUGUGCUCCUUGUGUUGUUUGGAAACAAAUACGCAACACCAUGCCAGGUGAUAGCUGGGUGAGACGAACUGACCUUGUGAGCAGAUAUUGGCGAUGACGAUGUCCCUGUCUACAUGCGCCUGGACUUCUGGGAUCGUUGCACUAUUAUCGAGGAGACUGAAGAGCAGCUUGUCUCACUCAAAGAGAAAGAAGUCGUCCUGAGCGUAAGGGAUGAAGCGUCUCUCUUGAGUGAUUCCAUGGCCUCGCUCGGUCUUGGUGCCUCGAACAUCAUGAGCGGCGAGCAGUCUAACCAGUCACGCCUGAACAGUUCCAUGGCCUCUCCCAAUCUUCCUGCCUUGAACCUUGAGUCUGGCGAGCAGUCUAAAGAGUCGCGCUUGAGCACCCUCAUGGCCACUCCUAACCCAAGUGCCUCGAACACUGCGUCUGGCGAGCAGUCUAAAGGGUCGCGCUUGAGCGGUUCCAAGGCCUCUCUCGGUUUCGGUGCUUCAAUCACUGUGCCCGGCGAUAAGUCUGAAGGGGCACGUUUGAGCUCCUCCACUGCCUCUGUCGGUCAUGAUUCCUGGAACAUUGUUUCAGACGAGGAGUCUAAAGAGUCACGCUUGAGCGAUUCCAAGGCCUCUCUCGGUCUCGGUGCUUCGAUCAUUGUGCCCGGCGAAAAGUCUCAAGGCGCACGUUUGAGCUCCUCCACAGCCUCUCUCGGUCUUGAUUCCUGGAACAUUGUUUCCGACGAGCAUUCUGAAGGGUCACUCUUGAGCUUCACCGCUGGCACUCUUACUCCCGACUCAUCGACUCCCCUUUUGCGCAAGGAGCCCGCCGAGAAUACUCAGUCCGCUGACCAGCCUGAAGGGUCACGCUUGAGCUUCACCAUUGUCUCUCUCUCUCCAAAUUCAUCGACUCCCCUUUUGCGCGAGGAGAAGGAUCUAGAGGAGCCUCAGUCCGCCGGCCACUCUUCCGUGAAUCUUCCUGGAGGCAGUGCUGCCGCUUCCAUACACAGUGAGAACCGGAGCAAAGCCGACCACAAAGGCGACGACAAGGACGACGACAAAGGCGAAGACAAAGGCGACGCCAAAGGUGAAGACAAAUGCGACAGCGCUGAGGGUGACGCCAAAGAGCCCGAAGCGACCCCACCCGUGGCACGCAAGCCUUACAAGGAUCCAGUAAGAGACCUACCUACUCCAGCUUCGAAUUGCCCAACCUAUCCGCAACUAACACCAGGAAUAGACUCUCUGGGUGCGCGGCUUCACCGGCACUCUUCUUAAGGGCGCCACGCCUGGAGAACCCGCCAGACCCGAUGACAGCCGCUCCUGGGACUGUAAGAUUCUGUGGUGCAUCGAGUGCCGCGGGCCCUGCCCUAUC